ACGUGUGGUGUUGUGUUCGGUGUCUCUUCAGUGUCGUACGUGGUGGUGGUACGCCCCGGAUUUUCUGGUGGUCACCAGUUCCGAACGCAUUCGCGGUAACCACUUUGUGCGGUCCGGAGUUCCGCUUCCAGUCGCUACUAGAGAGUCGCUCAAGGAAAAGAACUGGGAAUCAUUUAUUUUUAAUUCCCUAGUUUAGAUUCGAUCGUACUGUUGCAGUUCGGAAAGUGAUCUGGCCAGUUUAUUAAUGGUCUGUAUCGAAGACCGAUUGCCUAAAACAGGAAGCAGCUGGAAGUCGGCCGGAACAGUGCGAGUGUCGGUGAUAAUUUUUUCCUGUUUUUGACAGAUGAAAAAGUGGAGCCUUUAGAACGAUCAAUUCUUAGUGGAAGUUAUCUUUAGAGGAAACAGAAGCAGAACUCCGCGCUUUUACUGCAGACCAAGUGUUUUCUGCCAGUCAAAAAAUAAUUACUUGUCGAGAGUGCUAAUUGGAUAUCGUUAACGAGCCAAUCUAGUUAGAUGGGAAGCUUGGAUUGAAUGGGUCACUGGAUUUCGAUAACGCAGGAAAGUGAGCCCGGUUCCUGAGAGGCAGUGUAGCUGCCUGCCGCGAAACUGCUGGCAGUGUCGAGGUGCAACCGAGUGCCGGAAGUGUACAAAGUGUUUGUAAUAAUCCAGCCCGAGGAAAGCUAGUGCUAGUCCAGCCCUCCGGUCUGUAAUUCGGCUUUCUCCGUUCGUUUUCCGCAAGGGCAGCUCGCUCGUUCGGGAGGAGCAGGAGUAGAAAAAAAAGAAGAAAACGAAGAAAAGAAACAAAAAUUCAAAUUGUGUGAUCUGUCCGCUGCCGCUGGAGUAGUAGUGCCCCCCGGGAGACCGAGCCAACUAUAAGCCUCCAAGAUGACGAAGGAUAGAUUAGCAGCCUUACAGGCGGCACAAAGCGACGAUGAGGACAUGCCGGAAGAUGUGGCCGUGCCGGUGGAGGGACCCGGCGGCUUCAUGGAGGAUUUCUUCAACGAGGUGGAGGAAAUCCGGGAGAUGAUUGACAAAAUCCAGGCGAACGUGGAGGAGGUGAAGAAGAAGCACAGUGCCAUCCUGUCGGCCCCACAGUCAGAUGAGAAAACCAAACAAGAACUCGAAGACCUAAUGGCCGAUAUUAAAAAAACUGCCAACAGAGUAAGAGGGAAACUUAAGGGUAUCGAGCAAAACAUUGAGCAGGAGGAGCAGACGAACAAGUCCAAUGCCGAUCUUAGGAUACGGAAGACACAGCACUCGGCGCUGUCCCGCAAAUUCGUCGAGGUGAUGACCGAGUACAAUCGGACCCAGACUGACUACCGAGAGCGGUGCAAAGGAAGAAUACAACGACAAUUGGAAAUUACGGGUAGAGCGACUACAAACGAAGAGCUGGAGGAGAUGCUGGAGCAAGGCAAUUCCGCUGUAUUCACGCAAGGGAUCAUUAUGGAAACCCAACAAGCUAAACAAACGCUUGCCGAUAUCGAGGCACGGCAUGCAGAUAUUAUAAAAUUGGAGAAUUCAAUUAGGGAACUACAUGACAUGUUCAUGGACAUGGCAAUGCUCGUCGAGAGUCAGGGCGAAAUGAUUGAUCGUAUAGAAUAUCAUGUUGAACACGCAAUGGAUUAUGUCCAAACAGCGACACAAGACACAAAGAAAGCGCUUAAAUAUCAAAGCAAAGCCCGCCGGAAGAAGAUCAUGAUCCUGAUAUGUCUAACUGUACUCGGUCUAAUUGUGGCCUCGUACGUCAGUAGCUACUUUAUGUAAAAGGUGUGUGUGCAAGCAGCAGCGACAACUGUAACUACUAGCACGCCGACUUAAAACGACCCGAUCGGAAACAAAAACAAACAAACAAAAAAUGCAAAACGGCAGAAAGGUGUUACUUAGACGAGAAAUCAAACUGAAAGAGCACAAGGAACAACACGCAAACCCAUUCCCCGGAAUGGAUCCAUAGUGAAUAACACCAUUUGGAAGUAAUUUCCAAACAUGUAUCAAUUUCUGAACAACAUAAAAAUGAAAUCAAAGAAAAACAAAAUAACCUAUCGUCAUCAGUGCUACCAAUUGAAACAAUUUCAAUCACAACAACUUAGACGGAUUUCUUACGUAGGAUAUCUUCUGUUUAGAUUGUAUGCCUAACUUAUUACAAUGAUUGUUGGAAAAGUUGUUCCAGACAGCAGUUUUCGUUAGAUGCGCGUUUUAGGUACUCAGUUUUCUAUCCUUUUUUCCGGAUUACUUCGGUCCCCUAUCAGACGGACCGACGAUCAUAAAAAAAAAACCACGGAAUCAAAAUUUCUCGAACAUUGUUAUUCACACAUACCUGCAUACGAAUAACUUUCGCUGCCACGAUGACAUACCAGCCCAGCAAAGAAUACGGAGCCACAACACAAUGUCUGUGAUGGAGUAGUAUUACGCGAUACUUAAGUGAAAUCAGAAAAUCUCUCCCUAUGUCUCUCACCAUCACCUAUACUUGUGCACCAAUCACCAAUCUCUACUGACUCUGAAAUGUUUCUACAAGCUACUUACUACCAAAAUCACCUGCUGCUGAGAAAUAAAAACAGAAACCAAAAACAAGUGCAACUCUGAACCCAAAAGCAACCAGUGUAGUUCAUCACCGCCACAACCACAGCCAUUUUCACAACCACCACCUCCAAACGAAGGACACCAUAUGUAUAAUAGCACUAAACCCCUCAUAGGCCCAUAGUGUAUAUCUCUCUGUGUGUCUGUCCGGCAACUAUAUAUCGAAAAGCAAAAGAAGUAACACUAUGCAAGAACUGCAAAAAAAAGUCACCACGCAACAGUAACAACAACAAAGACAACAGCAACUACAACAGCAACAAAAAUUACAAAUCCCAAAAAAAAACAAAACAAUCCAGAGUAUGCCAGCUAUCUGAAUACAAAAGUAGCGAACCUUCCCUUCUUCACUUUGAGCAAGCCCCGUGUAAAUUAAUCAGGUACAUAUAUAUUUAAACUGAAUACCUCACCUUCUUCUACAACAUACUAUUUUUCGUUGUUCUCGUAAUCGUUAGUUCGUUAGAAGUGAUAGUGAAUACGUACAUUAAAAAAGAAUUUGCCGCGAAACAAAAAAAACGUGCCGUGUGUGAGUUGUUCUGUGACAUUGACGGUAACCGCUGUUGAGUGAUCCUUCCUUAGCUUUUGAACAUACAUUUUAACAGUACAAAAAUCUACGCAAAUGUUAAACAAUGCCUGUGCUUUCUGUUUUUGUACGUAAACGAUUGAAGCAGGUAUCUAACUAACAACGCUGGAGAAGACACCUGCACAAGGUAUCGAAACGUUGAAAAAUAAAAAAGGUGAUUUUUUUAUUAACUAUUUGUCUGAAAGUUUUCUCGGAUCGCGUUCUUCCAAUUUAAAGUGAAACUUGAUUUAUCGGUAAAACUAUUGGAGAUAGCCUUGCAGCUAGGACCAUUUUCUCAACAAUCGCAAAACCAAAUUUGCUUUUGUUUUAAAAGCCUGCGGCUUGAUUUUUUUCGGAAAAAUGGUCCAUUUUAUUACAAAUAACUUUGUUAAAGACGGCAAUUUUCUGCUAGAGCAGCGCUACAGGUUUGAUUACUUGGGCUAAAUCAGGUAGCUUUCUAAGUUCUAAUAGCGUUCUAAAGACAGAUUCAGGAAAAAACAAAAUUGAAAAAGUUAUGUUGCAAAAACUGGCGGAUACGAAACGGCAUUUAAAUGUAUUGUAUCACAAAAAGUAUCCAAGGUAGCGCAUUUUUGUCUUCAACAAAGUGGUUUAUAAUAUAUUUUAUAUAAUCGGACUUAAGUUAGCAAAUCACUAUAUCUUCAUCUAAAAAGUUUCACAAUUUUUUCUAAAAAUGAAGACUGCUCAGCCAACUAAACCAAAUCACUUAUGAAACUUAAAAAACCGUGUUAUUUUGGAAUGUAAAUGUUUAGAAUGUUUAGUGAAAUGAAAAAUACAAGAUACAUAUAGUACUGUUCGAUAUCCGACGCCAUUUUCGAAUGUUUGCCAUAUUUAAAAAUUAAGAAAAGUCUAAAGGUGCAAGUAUUUUUGGAAUAAGGACGCCUUGUAGACAAUGUUUGUUGUUUCACGCGAGUAUGAGAAGCAUAGCAUUCAACACUUGCGCCACACGCAAGCGUAGGACAACCACUACACACUCGCGAAUGCACAGUCUCGUAGCGUCUUUCUGCAUAGCCCACUCGCGAGCAACCCGCUACCCGAGAGGGCUAGUAGCGCACUGGGAUACAGAUUUUGCAUUACUUUUUCUUUUCUUCUUCGUCUUUGCCCUCCAUUCUACUCACGGGCGGCAGUGCGAGCCUUUGCGAGUGAUCGGUAUCAGCAACUCAGGCUCCAAUGACUAGCGAAAACGACGACGACGUUGCUAAAUACACACUCGCAAAAGCUCGUCACAGUGCAUGAAAAAGUAAGAGCGAGAGUCCGCAAGGGGUGCUUAUGCAGGCGCGUCCGUUAGAAAAGUAUUUGAAAAAGUAUGCAUACAAAAUAGGUGCAAGAAAAGUACGAUGAAAGAGAGAAAGAAAAAACAUCAAAAGUAAAACGUAAAUAAAUUGAUAAAAAAAUAAAAAACAGUAUCCGGAGAAAAAUUAAUAAAGAAGGAAGAGAAAAUAGAAAGGACAGAAACGAGUGGUAGUAAAACUUGGAAUUAAAAGGCAAAAUAAAGAACGAAAGCCAAACGAACAUAUUGAAUACAAGAGUAAUUUUGGCGCAUUCUGUUCAUUCAUCUUCUUCCAUUGGGGGCUUUAAAAUGAUGUUUGUACAUCAACAUUUGACUUUCACAAGUCAUCCCCGCUCCAAAUUUCCUUUCAAAAAGGUAACAGAUUUUGGCUUUUAUCCUCGUUUAAAAUUUAUUCUUCUACUUAUACUUCGCGCGAACUGAUAAUAUUAAGAAAAAGAGGAAUAAAGAAAGCAAAAGAAGGGAAACUUGAGAAAGAGAAAGAAAAAUUAAAAUUAAACUGGACAAAUAAAACAGCAAAAAUAAAAAAUAAAGGAAGGACAGAAUUUCAAAUAAAAGAACAAAACACAUACAUUGAAGUGUUUGUGAAAGUAUGAAAAGAAUUAAAGAGAAAAAAGUACUAUAAAUGAAGGAAAGAAAAAUAGUAAAUAAAAAGAGAAAAUGAAAAAAACUCAACUCUACUAUAACUCAGAAACGGAAAAAAUCCUAUCCUGAUUUUUUUAAAACUUUUCAUGAGGUACAAAAUAGUUCUUCCGAAAUUUCUUUAGUAUCUUCCACCAGUGUAGACAACCUUGUGGAAAUUUUUUCCUGAUAAUAUUUUUUCUGGAUUCCCAAGAAAAUUUGAUUGCGUUUGGGCAGUGUACUGCCCAGUUAGCUUCGAGAUACGAUGCAGGCCUAACAGGCUAGUCGUCGUAAGUUCGCCGUAGGCCUUUCCUAAGUAACUUGAUUAUUUAGAAUUAUUCACACAUUCUGUCCAACCACCUUCCGGCAUUUUGACAAAAUGAUGUCUGUACGUCAACAUUAGGCUUCCACAAAUCAUCCCCGUUCCAAAAAUUAUCACAUAAAACUUCGUAUUAAUUGAUUUCGUCGACAUAUUGCAUCUUCUACUUAUACUUCGUACGAAUUUAUAAUAUUCGCCCCAAAUUAAAAGAGGAAUUACGAAAGUAGAAGAAAAAACAUUUGAUUACGAGAAUGAAAAUUUUAAAUUAGCAAGUAAAGCAAAAAAAGAAUUGAAAGAAAAAUGAUAAACAAAGAGCGGAACAGGAAACGAGAAAAAAAGCGUCCCAAAAAGUUGCAUCAGAAAAAAUAUAAGAGAAAUAUUAGCAUCAUUUAUUUAUUUAUUUAUUUGCAGUCAAUCGUGUGUAGACCGUGAUCAAGAAAAAUAAAAUACGAUAGAAGAAAGAUAAAAUAAAAAAGACAAUAUAAAAAAGGGGAGAAUACCAAACUCAAGCCGGGAAAAAGAAAAAAAUAUUAAGAAAGAAAUGGCAAACAGAAAAUUAAAAGAGAGAAUGGAAAAGGAUGAAUGAAUACGGAAGAAAAAGGAAGGAAGAACAAAGAAACUAUAAUAAAAUUAAAAAGAAAAAAAAAGAGAGACAAUAAGGUGAAGCAGUUGGAGUACAAAAAAGUGAAAAUAUAAGAGAAAGACAAGAGUAGAAAGGGAAUGACAAAAAAAGAGAAAUAACAAAAGUGAGAGAGAAAAAUUGGAGUAAAAUUAAAGAGUAAACCGAAACAAGAUUAAGAGAAAAACGAAACAAAAUAACUUCAAACAAGCAAUGGAUAUAGCAGAAACAUGAAACAGGACGAAAGGAAACGAAAAGCAAAAAAUAUAAAAUAUAAACCAAAAAGCAACAAAAGAGAGUUUGAAUGCGUAAAGCACUCGAGUACUAAUCGAGAAACUGUUGGUUGGAGUCCCACUGCCACAAACUAACCCAAUACUUUUAGCCGCAGAUCGAAAUUUUCCCAGUAUUCAGUCUAACAUUUUUCGCACCAAACGCUCCUCUGCUUUAAUCAAAAUAGAGUUUACGCUUGACCGCGAAAAAGUCAGUAAUAGUAAAAUGAAAAAUUAAAAAGAGGAAAGGAACAUUUUGUUUUAAUGAUUUAGCACAUAUAUUAAUUUUUGGCUUCUGGGUCUUUACAAAAUUAUCGUACAAAAAUUGUUGUCACUAAGGAAUUAUAAGUUGACAAAUAAGAAAAAAGAAUCUUAAUCCUAUUUUUCUUUAACAUUUCUCAUAGCUGAGGAAAUUUUCGUGAGCAAAAUUUUCCGACUGGUAUUUUUCCUAAAUUGUCGAGAAAAUUUUCUUGCAUGAUCAUGAACCUUGGGUGAUUGGUGUAUGAAUCAUGAACUUUUUGAAAAAAGGGAUGUUCGAGUAAAUUGAAAAAUUUCGGUUGCUAGGAAGAUAGGAAAUCUCCAAUGUUUCUAAUCUUGUUUUCAUUAUUAAUUUCAUUGAUAAGUACAGUCUAUGCCCAAGGGUUCAAAAUAAUGGACGCAGUGUUAAGAGUGCCAUACAGAAGAGAUCUCCGGAUAUAAAAUAUGAUGAAAUUCGCAAUUCCUUCGACCCAAAUCUUAAGAACAUAUUUAAAAAUUCCCAACGUCAAAAGAGAUAAAGAAAUGGAAGUAAAUAAGAAGGUUAUGAAAGCAUGGUGGAGAAGCGAAAACUAAGAAUGGAAAUAGAAAAUACGGAACAGAAUUGAUUACAGAAAAAUUAAAAAUAGAAAAAUAUACCGAGAAAAACGUGAAAGAGAUCAAUAAAAGGGAGAAAGGUGAAUGAUAAGGAAGAGAGAUAAAAUGUUAAAAUAAAAGUAGAACGAAAAGAUAAAGCCAUGGUAAAUUAAUCGAAAGAAACGAAGCAAAGGAAAAAUAUUGCAGAGUAAAAUGAGUGAACUAAGAGGAAUAUAAGUAAGACAGAAAAAUAAAGAAAGAAAGGAAAAAAUAUAGAAAAGUCACAAUGUCAAAAAAUGCAAGGUAAGGAAAUAAUGAACAAAAAGAGAAGAAAAAAAAAUAAAUAGGAAUAGGCAAAACUUUGGAAAGAGCAGUGAAAAAGUAGAAACAUAAAAGAGGACUAAUGGCAAAGUGCUAAGAGACUACAAAAAAAGACAAUCACAUAAAAGAAACAUACGAAAGGAACAAAACAGAGAAGCACGAGUAAAUGGCGUCGAAUUUCAAUUUUUGGCUUCAAGUCAUGCUUGUACUCACAUAGCAUAGUAUAGCACGUGUUUUCUUGCCCUUCUAUGGAAUUGGAAACUUCCAUGGAAAAAACGUCCCUUCGUAAAAAAAUAAGAAUUAAGAAAAUCGUUCUAAAGAGUCAUCCAAAAUGAAUAGUGUUUAUCAGUGAACAUAUUACCUGAUCAUUUCAGUUGAAGGUGCUUCAACUUCAACAAAAUUACCGUCAAUGUCACAAAACCGUAAAAUAGAACUCCGACUAUUUGCAGUUAUUAAUCUAAUAAACCGGUACGCUGUUCACGACUAGUGGUACUAGUAGGAGAGAGCAUAGUUAAUAAUCGUAUUCACAAUAAUGAUGAUAAUGUAACAACAUAAAACGUGAACCGCUCACCGCACUACCGCGCGCUGUUCAAAACCAUGUAAUAGCAUUUCUCAUUUAGACUCGAAACAAAAAAAAACAAAGCGUUUUCAGCCUCUAUAAAUAAUUCAUACGUAUAUCCUUGUGUUGCACCACCAUCACCAGUUUCGAAGUACUUUUUUGUUCGAAUUUUUUCGUUUAAAUUAUUAUCAUUUAGUUUAUUCGUGAUUUAGAUAAAACGUAUGCCAACCAGUUCGGUGAAUUUUGCGAAAUCCAGCCUGUGCUUGCAGAAAGGCCUUUCUUAUUUUCGUUACUAUAUUCGAAUAAUAAUAAUUGAACGAACGGAUAUUUAUUUUGUAUGUAAAAAGCAGUCUUUUAUUUAUGAGCCAAUAAACAAAACAAACCUGCAAAACUUAACCUCUUAUACUACUCUAGUUUGCACCAUUUACCCAGGGGUGCAGUCGGAACUUUAGCCUGUACAUUGUAAAACCAUUGUUACCGUACGUUUAUUAUAGUUAUAUCGUGUAAAAAUGAAUGGUCGUGUAAGUAACGUGUUGUACGAAUGACCGAUGGAUGCUACAUUUUCCUUUUUUUUUUUUGAAUAACGACUUUAGACAUCACGAAUAAGCAGGAAAGCUGAGCUGCGCUAGAUGGUAUUAUCCAUUGAAACUAGAAUGGCCUACCGAUGUUGUAGUGAAGCAUUUUAUUACCGUAUUAUUUAAGUUUUUAUGUUCUUGUUUAGUUCGGCCUCUGUUAUCAGCGAUAUUGUUUUAGACUGCUAAGUUCUAUGAUAAUAUAGAGAGAAAACGUAACAGUUUCCAACGAAACACAAGCGUAACUGUUGCGUUGUGAAAAUGUAAAAUAUCAAACUGAAUUCAACGAAAAAUGCUAAUAAAACAGAAUGAUUGAUUGAUUGAUAUCUGCUUUAAUUAUGUUUUUGUUUCCUUUUCCGUUGUGUCUGUUUAAACUUUAACUUUUUCUUUUCUAUC